AUGAGCUUAGAUGUGAUAUAUGACUGUUCGGAGAAAUAUCCUCGUAUAAGUUUUCGACCGCGUCCAGAUAUCAAUAAACAUAAUCCUGUUAUAAUCGAUAACGAGAAUGAUAGAUAUCUGGUUAUUCCAAGUAGAAUCAAUCGUAAUAAUGCGAAAAUCGCAAAUAGCAAAACUCAAGAGGAUAAAUUGUCAUCGUCGUCUCAUUUAAGAUAUCAUUCAUCAAGUUCAAGAGAAAAUAAUGGCAAUGAAAAGAAAGAAUUUGCUACUUUAAUCUUUCCAUAUAGUCCAAAAAUUAAUAGUAAUAGUAAUAAAAAACUAGAUAACUUGCCAUUUUCUCUUAGGGAAUUUUCGCAAAUUUCUAAUAAUAAGUAUUCAACAAACUACUAUCAGAAUUUAUCCAAAUUUUUUAACAAUUCUUUUUCGUUUAAUAAAGACAAUGCUAAAAAAGAUGAUAGUAUUGCAAAAAAUGAUCAAGUUCAGAAGAAUAAACUCAACAUAUCUUAUGCAAUGAAUCAAUCCUCAUUUUCCCUUUCUUCACAACUUUCGACUAUACCUCCUCCUCCUCCAAUUUCUUCGAAAAAUUUAACUUUAGCUCCAUUUUAUCCACAAAUUACAACAUUCCCACCUCCUUCACAAAGUACAACAAUAGGUUUAUCUCGUCCACGAAGAUUAACACUAGUCUCGUCACCUCCUCUUUUGCAAAGCUCACGUAGUAUAACAAUACCUCCAUCUCUCCAACACUCAAUUUCACUUCCACAAUUGAAAAGUCAAUCUACUUCACGAAAUACCUCAAUUUCUACAACUGCAUCGCAACAUACCAUAACACAGACUUCGAAUAAUCAUUCUGUUAUCCCUUUGAAUGAUUCACAUUUCCACCAAAAAAAGCCCGUUAAGAAAAAAUCGUUAUUAAAUCUCUUUAAAAAGUCUCAAGGAUCAAAAGAAAAUGACCCAAAUAGACAAAAGCUACAACCACCACCAGUGCUAAAAGUACAAGCAUUGGACAACCUGCAAUCAUCGCCCAAUUUUAUACCUCAUUAUUCAUGGAAAUUAGUAACAAAACUUAGUUUAUGGCAUAUUCGAGAGAAUAAUAUCUAUGAUUCUAUAAAACAGAGUAUAAAGUGA